AUGUUGCUCACACAACAAGUCGCCAAAAUGGGUCGCGUCCGAACUAAGACCGUCAAGAAGUCCGCCAAGGUCAUCAUUGAGCGUUACUACCCCAAGUUGUCGCUCGACUUCGAGACCAACAAGAGGAUCUGUGAUGAGAUUGCCAUCAUUGCCUCCAAGAGGCUCCGAAACAAGAUUGCCGGAUACACCACUCACUUGAUGAAGCGUAUCCAGCGUGGUCCCGUCCGUGGUAUUUCCUUCAAGCUCCAAGAAGAGGAGCGUGAGCGAAAGGACCAGUACGUCCCCGAGAUCUCCGCUCUCGACUUCACCCAGAACAGCGAGUCUGGCUCGCUCGACGUCGACCAGGAGACCAAGGACCUGCUCAAGAGCAUGGGCUUCGACAGCAUCCCCACCAACGUCAUCGCCGUCUCCCAACAACAGAUUGUCGAGCGCGGUCCCCGCCGCUUCAACGACCGCCCCGCCCGCUCGUAA